CCGACGGGUACGCUAAAAUAUCAUACUUCAUCUACUUUAGGAAAGCAACUCCGAUUUUUUAAUAACUUCCCGUCCCAAGAACAGAAUUUGUUCGUUCCGAACGUCCCGACCUCAUUUUUUAAUUUAAUCGUCUUCACAAAUGAAAAUUGCAAUCUUACAAUUCUGAGUGUUGUUGGUUCGGAUCAUGAUAUCUCUCUCUUAUCUUUUAAUCCCGCUUUGCACAAGGUCCGAAAGCAGUCUUGGUCCUUGGACCAUCUUUCCGGUAGCCAGAAUUCAAAACUCGAAGUCGAGUCUGCAGGGGAAAAUGUCACCAGUGGAACGAUUUUGGUUUCCGUUUCUCACGACCGCCUUGAUGCUCGAUAACUCCUCAAUAUCCGGUUAAAAGAGAAGAAUAUUACCAACUCGUUUCUUGCCGGACAUGAGAACCAGGAAGUAGUCCCCAAAGUUUGGAACUCUCAUCUUCUUUCACACACACCGGCCAAGGGACUUGAUUGUCUUGUUUGCAUGUGCAGAACCGCAUUUCCAUAAGACUUCCCUCAUUAUGAUUUCAAUCGACAAUUUUCGGUAUUAGCACCUACACGAACAAUGGAGGUUCUUCGACGUUAUGCCACAGAAGCGCCCGAACAACGUGCUUGGAUAGAUACUAAACCUACAUUCAUUGUUAGCUGGUGGUGUACAUGUUUUGCCAUUGCUAUAAUUUUGUUUCGGAUUUUUGGAAGAUAUGUUCGGACGGAAAAGAUCUACCUCGAAGAUGGCAUUAUGGUGCUGGCCAUCAUACCGCUGCUUAUGAGAAUGGCUUUCGUUCAUGUUAUCUUGAUGUUUGGCACCAAUAAUAGUAUAACACUCGGUUUAACAUCAGAGGAGGUGCGGAAAAGAACAAUCGGGAGUCAACUCGUUUUAGUCUCUAGGAUUAUGUACGCUGUGUACCUUUGGGUCAUAAAGUACAGCAUCAGCAUAUUCUUGCGUUCUUUGACUGGUCAGAUUUGGCAACGAGUACACCAUAAAUUACUCAGAUAUCUUCAUAUUAUGCUCGCGGUGACCUUCUUAGCCACAGUCAUUAGUGAUAUUGUUGAGUGCCAGCCUUUCACCCAUUACUGGCAGGUUAUUCCAGAUCCUGGACCGAAAUGCCGACAAGGAUACGCGCAACUAUUCACGGCUGGUAUUCUCAACAUUACUACGAAUGUGGCUCUCAUUGUCUUUCCUAUUCCAAUGAUCCUAAAAUCAAAUCUAUCAACACACCUCAAACUUAGUGUCAUUCUACGUUUAGCCCUCCCAGUUUUUUGUAUUCUCGCAACGAUCAAUCAACUCAAAAAAGUUGUAUCUCAUAACGGCGAUCAACAGAUCCGUUCACUCUUAGCUUCCCUCGACAUCCUCCUCACAACUCUGAUAUCCAAUGCUUCGGUGAUCGGCUCGCUCCUCCAAGACAAAGGUUACAAGAAGACGAAAUACAAAACUCCUAUCUACCGCGACAUUCCCUCCAGUGUCCCCUCUACUAGCUAUACUCGAAGACAUGACAGCGAUGAGGACUUCAUGAUUACCAGUCCUGAUACAGACGGAAAGGCAGCUAUGAUGAUAGCAUUGGAAGUUUUACAUGAAACUGCAAGUCGGGAGAAUAAUGAGGCCAGAGAUUUUGGUACAGAUGCAUUGGGAAGCGGGGUCAGGAAACCUGAACAUGUCUGGGCUGGUGAUCAUAUUAGGGUCGAGAGGGCAUGGGAUGUGCAGGUAUCAAGAGAAGAGAUACCCAGGAGCGCCUAGAUAAAUUAGAGGGGCUCUAUGAAUCAAUUGCGGUCUGAUUUAUCUUUGGGUUUCGCGAGUUGGGCUCAUUAACACGUGAUGCUGUACAAAUCAUUUUGUCUCGUACGAUUCAACUUCAUGUAUAUAGGUACCUACUGGGUAGGUAGGUAUAGGUAUUGUUAGAUACUGUACAACUUACAACAUAAAUCUCUACCUUCUCCAUGUACUGACUUGUUACAUGAAAUUGAGUAGGUUUUGAGAACGACAUCAAGUGUAUCUGAUGGCUGCAAAAUAGAUUCCUAAUCAGCUCCCGGUGAGCCUAAAACUUUUUAUUAUGAAUACGCGAAGAUUCCAAUCGACA